ACAUAUAUAUAUAAAUAAAUAAAUGUAAUUGCAAAUUUAUCUUAACAAAAAUAAAACAAAGUCAAAGUUAAUAAAACAUCUUUAACUAGAUUCUUAUAAACACAUUAAUGAAAAAGGAAAAUAAAACCAAGUCAAAAUUAAUAAAACAUCUAAAACCAAUUAUUUGUGUAGUGAUGAUAACAAGUAAAGUGACACUAUACAAAUUUAUGUGUGUUUUUUUUUGAAAAGAAAUUCAUGUGUUGUCGACAUUCAUUUGCACAAUGUCUUUGAUCCUUUUGUAACACAAAGUAAAUAUUUGUUUGUUUGUUUUUGACGACGUAAAUAUUUGUUAUUGUUAAAGGUGUGUUUAUCAUUGUCACAUGUCAUAUUUGUGGGAUUCCUAAAAGCACUUUUAAUUUUUGUUACAAGAAUUCUCGAAUAUUAUAUUUUUUUAUCAUAAACUGAUCAUGUAAUUAAAUUUUAAUCAGACAUAAAAGAUUGAAUCUUCCAUUGAUAGACAUGUGUUUUCUAAAAACCUUUUCAGUGAAUAGUAUCUUCAAUUAAGUAUCUCAAAUACAAAAUAUCAUUAUUUUACAUAUUUGUAAUAUAUAAUUAAUUUCCACUUUUACAAAGAUAAAAUUAAUAUUAAUAAAUGGCUCAAAAAAAAAUCUUUGCAGAGUAUCCCAUGAAUUCUCAUUUAAUAUACUUACAAAAAAUCUACCUUUUGUAGUUUUUAAUAUUUUUUAGAGAUAUCUUCCUAAAAACUUUAGCAUUGUAUAAACGAAAGAAGAAAAAAAAACUUUAGCAUUGGAGAUACUCUAAAUGUUAUUUAAAGAUUUAGCCUAGAAGAAACUCUUUUUACUCUUAUUUUAAUCACAACAUCUAACAACAUCUAAGAAAUUUUAUUUAUUUAAUCAAAGUGAAGGUUGUUGUUGUGAGGCAAUCAUUGAGACUUGAGAGGCAGCGCACGAUGAGUUUCUUGUGGAACGUUGAGAUAUUAAUCAUAGCUUUAGUGGUUGUGAGGAUCAGCCAGUGGUUGUACCGAUGGUCGAACCCAAACGUCAGGUGCAAUGGCAAGUUACCACCAGGUUCAAUGGGUUUUCCUAUCAUCGGAGAGACAAUAGAAUUCUUUAAGCCUUGUGAAUUGCUCGAGAUCCCAUCCUUUUUUCAGAAUAGGAUGCAAAGGUACGGGUCGUUGUUUCGGUCCAAUAUUAUGGGUUCAAAAACUGUGAUUUCUACGGACUCAGAUGUUAUCUUCGAGAUAUUCCGGCAAGAGAACCAGUCUUUUGAACUUAGCUAUCCGGAUGUUUUUGUCAGAGUUUUUGGAAAAGAUAACUUGUUUUUCCAGACCGGAAACAUCCACAAGCAUAUUAAAAAGUCCACUAUGCAGCUUAUUGGAUCUGAAGGUUUAAAGAGAAAGAUGAUACAAAGCAUGAACCAGGCGACCCGCGAGCAACUUAAAUGGAAGGCUAACGAAGGCACCUUCGACCUUCGGAAUGCAGUUUCAAGUUUGAUAGCAUCCUACCUGACACCGAAGCUGAUAAGUAACCUAAAACCAGAGACUCAAGCAGAACUUAUAGACCAUUUCAAGGCCUUUAAUAUUGAUUGGUUUAGGUCACCCUUUGCUCCCUCCACCUGGAAGAUUAUCUACAAAGUCCUUAAGGCACGCAGAGAAGCAAUGCAGUUGAUAAAGGAAGCUCUUAAGAAGAGGAAAGAGUCAAGAGAAAAACACGGAGACUUCCUAGACACGUUACUAGAGGACAUGGAGAAAGAAGACAGCAUUUAUGACGAGGCGUCUGUUAUAAACCUUCUAUUAGUUAUUGGAGUCGUCUCUAAAGAUACUACUUCUGUCGCUACUGCCUUGAUGGUGAACUUGCUAUCUAAAAAUCCAGAAGUGCUUGCAGAGUUGAAGAGAGAGCAUGGUGCGAUCUUACAAAAGAGAAAAGAUAAGGAAGCUGAACUUAGCUGGGAAGAAUAUAAAUACAACAUGACUUUCACCAACAUGGUUAUCAAUGAGUCGCUUCGAUUGUCAAACUUGGGUUCCAUAUUAUUUAGAAAGGCCCUGAAAGAUGUCGAAAUCAAAGGAUAUACAAUUCCCGCGGGAUGGAUCGUGGCCGUUGCACCAUCUGUGGUUCACUAUAACUCUGAAAUAUAUGAGAAUCCGUUGGAGUUCAAUCCAUGGAGAUGGGAGGGGAAAGAUUUGCGGUCAGUGACUAAAACUUUGAUGGUGUUUGGAGGUGGAACAAGACAGUGUGUUGGAGCAGAUUUUGCGAGGCUUCAAAUGACAGUUUUCCUUCACCAUCUUGUGACCACUUACGAUUUCUUGGUGGUCCAAGAAUGUGAGAUGACUCGGACACCAUUACCUUGCUUCACUAAGGACCUGCUUAUUAACAUCUCCCCUACCUUCCCAAGUGAACCUUGCAGUUCCAAGUCUUCAUAAUUAGAUCAUUACAAAUAUAUCUCCUAGAAAUGUGCGAGUCCUUAAAAUGCAUUCAAGUUCUUAUAAUUUCAAAAUUUAACAUAUAUAUUAUUUUAAAAAGAUGUUUAUAUUAACAACAUGAAACAAGUAAUGAAAGAAUGUGACAACAUUGGAAUACAGUGGUGGUUUUGGAGGAUAAUCAGCUUUAUUUUCUAAUUAGAAAGGUAUUAAAUUAGAAAAUAUAAUUUUAAUGAAUAUUUUUUGGAACUAAUAACUUUUUAGAGUAUAUAUCAUAAUAGUUUGAAUUUAUUUAUACAAA